UUCACCCGGUGAACGUAAACCCGAAAUUCUCUAUACAUUCAAUAUUUUUCACUUUGUCGAGAAAGAGAGAGAAAAAACAAUUUUUUCAACACACUUCAUUUCGUAUAUUUUGUUUGAGUUUUCUGUCAUUUUUUUUUUCGUUUCGUUUUGUUUCGUUGGGGUGGAGAAAACUCUUUUUACCUGUUAUCUCGAUUGUUUUUAUUUGUUUGACUGCAGUUCGUACACCCGUGAUUGGUAAAAUUGUCAGUAAAAUGCACGAGGAUAAAAUGAAAACAAUGGGAUAACGGAGGGACUACUGUUGUUUUUUUUUAUUUCGGAGGGGAGUAACUGAAAAUAUCUGAAGGGCAAUUAAAUGGCGAAUAUUAAAGUGGCUGUGAGAGUCAGACCAAUUUCCCACAGAGAGAUUAACGUUACGGGGUCGGAUGUGGUUGUUCGUACUGGGUCUCGUGAGGUUUCCCUGACAAAUCUGAAGGUGUCGUCCAGCAAAGCAGGCGACAGCCGCGAACGAACGAAGCGAUACACAUUCGAUUAUUGCUUCGAUUCCUCCGAUCCAAUAUCGGAAAAUUAUGCUAGUCAGGAGAGAAUAUAUUCGACAAUCGGUGAAUCAGUACUUGCGACUAUUUUCAGUGGAUACAACUCUUGUCUCGUCGCUUAUGGACAGAGUGCGUCCGGAAAAACUUACACUAUGAUGGGGACGAAGGAUGAUCCUGGGCUGAUACCGAGGAUCUGUAAUGGGAUUUUUGCACGUGUUGCUCAGCGUAAUGAGACCAGCCAAGAGUCUUUCAGAAUUUCCGUGAGCUAUCUUGAAGUGUAUAACGAGAGAGUGAGGGAUCUUCUCAAGCCGUCGACAAGCUCAAACGGCCUCAGAGUACGCGAGCAUCCUCGAUUGGGUCCUUAUGUACAGGGAUUAACCCAGCAUCAAGUUGAAACCUUGAGUUCGUUGAUGUUUCGCGUGGAAGAGGGUACGAAAGCCCGCAAGACAGCUUCAACCCUGCAGAAUCCCACCAGCAGCAGGAGUCACGCUCUCCUAACACUUACCCUUGAGCCAUUCACCAGUCCAACAGCCAAUGCAUCCGUAGAACCGUCUAAAUCAUCAACAUCUAGAAACCUGAGACGACCUCACUCCAUUCAUGGCUGCAAGCUACAUUUGGUCGACCUGGCGGGCAGUGAAAAUGCCGCUGCUUGUGCUGGAAUUAAUCGUUUGAAAGAAGGUGCUAACAUAAAUAAGAGCCUCGUUGCACUGGGUAAUGUGAUUUCUGCACUUGCGGAAAGAGGUAAUAGUGGAAAUAAUCCCGGAAGAAGAUUUAUACCUUACAGAGACUCAGCACUAACGUGGCUCCUGAAAGACUCACUCGGUGGCAAUGCAACCACCAUUAUGCUGGCAACGAUAUCGCCAGCGAGUGGAAGCUUCAACGAGACGUCUCACACACUGCGGUUUGCCCAGAGGGCACAGAGUGUUAUUAACAGGCCAGUGAUAAAUGAAGAUCCAGUUGCUAAGAUAAUACGAGAGCUACGGGCAGAGGUUGCGAGAUUGAAAUCACUACUUUCGGAUAAGAACAUCGAGCCACAUACGGAAUUGAAGCAGCUGCCAUGCCCCUGUCAACAUAACCAGGGUCGUCAGGACUUCGAGACCAGAUGCGUAUCAACGUCGACGUCGAAUUCACCAACGCCCGAUUCAGUAUCACCCAACGUCAGUCUGACGAGGCGACAUAGCACGAGCGAUUGCAUCACCCCCAAAUCAGAUACGACUACUCCACCAAAACGUUUUGGAUCACUCGAAAUAAUCGGGAAUAUCAACGAUACUCCACGUGAUUUACCCCUGACAAAUUACAAUUGCGCUAGAAUAUCACAAUUGAUUGAAGAGGAAGUAAACGAACCGGUUUUUGUUGAUAUACCAACAUUGGUGGCUGUACUCAUCAAGCCAGACGACACUGUACAAUCCAAUUCCCAUCAAAUCGAGGAGAUUUGCAGUGACGGUGCGCCGGAAGAUUCAAUUGAAAAUGAAUUCGGCAGCAGUGUUGUGCCCAAGGCGAGUAAAAAUUUGGACACCCAAGCGAUUGAAACAGUGAGCCAUAAAAUCAAUACGAAUCAACUCGAUCAUGGACCAAGUUUUCACAUUAUCGAGAAUAGUGUGAAUUCUACAACUAGUCAGAAGCCAAGACUCCGUAAACAACAAUCGACGGAUUCUAAUCUCCAUGGAAUUACAUCGGCGUUAGCCGAUUCCAGGAGAUACGGAUCUACGGAGACUUUGGCAAAGAGAUCGCAAUUACCUGCGAUACUUCAAAAGUCCCAAACAUCCCAAACGAAUGUUGAAAAACGCCUCAAUCCGGACAGAUCGAAAAAGCUCAAUAACAUCAAAGAAAUUGAGGACAAAUCGGACAAGCCACAAUGGAGAAAUCCUGCUAAUAAACACCGAGCUAAUUCAAUCAGAAAGCCAAGUAUUGAUAUUCUCAAGAGGAGAACGAGUAAGGAUAGCAGUUCUAGUAGUUCUAAGGAGGAAGUAAGUAGCACAAAGGAGAGCAAAGGUAGUUUUGCUGAAUCUGAACAAUUGUCAUCAAAGCCACAAACGAUAAUCCAGCGCGCGAGAAGAGCUGACAUAGUUGCUGCGGUUACGGAGAGGCUCUACUCGAGCAGGAAGACCAGUGAAGACAGCAACACGGCGUCUACACCGGCCUCGGACAUACGUUCCCCCGAGUCCUCGGAGGUUAAACUAGCUAGUGCAACGAGAAUGCGUCUUCAGGAAAUAUCACGAAAAAUGUUGGCCAAAAGACGACGUAUCUGUGUGGACACGCAAACUGAUUCAGCAUCAACCCUUCGACUUAAGGACAAAGGAAUUAAUGUAAGAGAACCAAAAGUACUUCGUAAAGAUGCAUCUGUGCUCACUGAUCGCCAUGAGAAUUACGACUUGCUCGAGCCCACCGAUAAAGUUGUUCGCCGUGUCAAAGAAAUGUCUACAUCGACGACAGAUGCGCCAGAUGUACCACCUGUUUACUUCAAGGAUUCAGCUAACAUUACGGAACACUGCAGUAAUCAUUGGGACUCGAUGGAGUUGUGCCAGCACGAUUCUGGAAUUCUUUACGAUGAUGCUCAUUUCGAUAGUGCGAUUGAGAUGACCGAGAGUUCAAUGAAUACGAAUUUGCCAACUGAACCUCCAUGCACUGGUGUACAAACGUCCGAAGAAGAUAAGAGAACUUGUUGCGAUGAUAAGCGACAUUCAAAGCCACCGCAUCCUUGCCAAAAAGAGACCAAGCCCUGUUGUCCACCAAAAAUUCAUGAUGAUCAUGAUCAUGGACAUGGACAUGAUCAUGGACAUGAUCACGGAGACCAUGAACACAGUCAUGAACACAGUCAUGAAGAUGACGGUCUAUAUCAUGACCAUAACCAUCAUGAUCACAGUCACGAUCACAGUCACGAUCACAGUCACGAUCAUAAACCAAUUGAUGCCCACGAGCAUGAUCAUCACGAUCGUCACAAUCAUCAUUCCCACCAUCCAGUGGUAAAGCCCUGCUGUCCUCCCCAGCUCCACUCACCCCAUAAACAUAAGGUAGACGAUUGUGACAAGAGUGUAAUCUCUAUAAACCUCCCUGACAUGAUAAACAUCACGAUACAAUCGCCAACUGUUCUCGAGUCAAAGGUACAAGUGUUCGAAGGUAAAGAUUCACGUCAAAGCGAUACAAAACGUGACACAGCGUGCCAGACUGAUAAAAAUCUUGGUCUUGAGAUUGGCACACUGACUGAUGAAAAUUUUAUUCGUCCGAGAAUGCGGGAUUCAUCGACGACAACAAUGACUAGGCCGAGUGGGAGUCAAACUGAUGGACGUACUUUCAGAAUAGAAAAUAUAUUUCAUGAUCCUCGGUGUACUGUGGAAAAUGGCUCAACAUCGAUUGACCUACACCCUGGCAUUUCAUCCAAUUGUUACCAGCCAAACAAUUCCAUUCUCUUCACCAAUUCCAUAGGUACAUCCUUCGCAGUGGCAAACAGAGAUAAUGAAAAAUUUUAUGACUCCGGACUACUGAGUCCAGUGGGUAGACGAAGAAAAUCCCUCACUAGCGAGUGGUUCAACAAAACCAGUUGUACGUGGCCAAGUACGUCAAGAUGGCGUAGUCAAAGCCCCCUGGGUAUUUCGCGACAGUACAAUUACUCGAGUAUUCCCUCAGACAAAUACACAUUAGCGUCCAAUUAUUUUAACAAGCGUGAUGGCUGCAUUAAUUCACUAUCAUCACGCAAUAAUUCACAUUGUGAUACUUAUAAUGCGAAUAUGUUUAAGACUGGGAAUGAACAAAGGGCCGUAACUAAGCCAGUGGAGACAAAGGUCACAGAUAAAUUGCCAACGCUGAUGUGCCCCAGCGCAGGCGUCACAAAUGAGGGUCUGAGGUCGUCCUCCUUCAUCGGGAUGAUAGAUCGUAAGGGAGUUUACGAGCAAGAAACUAACUUUUCGGAUGACAGCCUGGACCCAAAGGACGAGAGAGUGAGACGUGCCACUGGUCAUAUAAAAACCAAUUCUAUCGUAAAGAAUGAGACAGAGGAUAACGUGAAUGAUAAUCCAUGUCCUCCGGACGUUGUUGCACAUACAAAAAAGGAUGGUACUGAUUCACUGCUAUACCCGGAGGAUAUUGCUGAUUUCGAUGAUACGGAUAUUCAACUGCCGAGAACAAAAGUCAGUGUUUUAUCCAACGAUUUACCACCACCAGUUCAGCAAUUUAAAUCAAUGAUACUGGGUGUACCAAUCGUACCAUUAUUAUUAAAUACACAACACGAUACUCGCGAUAAUGAAAGACUAUUGUCGCAUAAAUCAUCAGGUGAUAAAAAACGGGUGUCCUUCGGGGAUGCCAAUAUCAUCAUUGAACCAGUGACAUCACCAUUACGUAAUUAUAGGUUUGCUGAAUCAUCGGGCUCGAUCAUGAAAUUGAAUAGUCCCGAGUCGACAGAGAAUAAAAUCACCUGGAAACAGUCCCUCCAAUCCAAUUGCCCAGCGAAAUUGAGUGCUCGAAAUAAAGCGGACACUGACAAAUCAAAAAAAUCGACAAAUAUCAUUGAGGAGUGCCUCGACGAGGCCCUUGUCUUCAUGCGAAACAUAAAUUCAAUCAACAAGUACAUUAGCCCCGGCGAUGAGGUGGAUGAAAAGCACCAGCUCGAUAGAAAUUCAACGACGAGGGAUGAGAAACUUGAAGUAAGUGCGUGCAGUCCUUACGAAAAAUGUCUGAGGAGUAUGGAGAGGCUUGAGCAAUGUCUCAGCAGAGUCAAGUGUCAGGACGAUGCCCUUCAGAGAGAGUACCGCAGUAAAAGAGAGUCUGCUGAAGCUAAACACGAUUUAGCUGAAUUCAGUCAGGACUCUGGAAAAUCUAUGAAUUCAAUGGACGAUCUCAGUGUUAAAUACAACAACAGUUACAGUGUUGAUAGGUACUUUCACAGAUGUGUUGAUGACACGGAUGAAGACAAUGAGAGUGCUAAUUUUGAUCUGAAAACACUGAGUAGAUAUCGAAGGAUCAUUGAUACCAGUAGAGUUAAUCAUAAACCAAAGAAGCGUAGUCACUCGUUGUCAUCCGCCAGAUUGAGUGAUUGCGAACUAGAUAAUUCAAAUAUUUAUCCAAAAUUAAUUGGCGAAAUUGAUGAGGAGGCGCUGAUUGCUAGGGUAAAGAAAUCCCUGCCAUCACCGAGAUGUACAAUCUCAAAGUACGAUUCGUCUGAUGAAAGUUCAAGCUCUGACGAGGCGCUCGCUGCAUUUAUGGAGUCUAUCGAUAAGGUUUCACGAUCGAAAGACAAAUUUAAAUAUCCAGCGAGUCCGCGAGUCAAGUUUCUCCAAUUACUCAGCGAAAGACGGAGAAUUGUUGAGAACAGUCGAAGCACUGGCGCAUCUUAAUUAAUGUUAUUAUCGAUAAGUGAGUGUACGAUUGUUUUAUUCUCUUCACCUUCUCCCCCUUUGAAUCAAUUGAAUAUUCAAUAUUGACGGAGAAAGGGUAUUAAUUUUUUACAUAGGAAAAUAAUAAUUCUACCGUGAAUUUCAUAGUGAAUCCGUGACCUGCAUCAGUCUUCGGAAAUGAAUUGUAUUUUUGUAUUCAAUCAGAAACUAAACCAAAGAAACUACGACGCGUUACCGAUAAAUCAUAUAAAUCGUUAAUCAUUUAAAUGUAUAACAGUUAAAAAAUAUAUCAACUAAUCCACAAUGUGUACAUAAA